UGAGCACAGUGCACUGCUAAUCACAACACUGAACGAAUCAUCAACAUUAUAAUGUUAAAUUGCAACGGACAACAGAGCAACUUUAUAUAAAACCGUGACCAAAAAUGCAGUCUUGACUUGUGUGAAAAUGCUGCGUUAGAAUAUUUUAAUUAUUCGUAACCUUGCGCGUGCUACUGACAUUUGCAUAAUGAUAUUUAUCUGUUAACGCCCAGGAACAUGGACGGGUCGAGCUCCCUUGUUGUUGCAGCAGCUUCAGAUGGCGAGCGGUCCAGUUCGGAGGGCGAAUACACGGUAACGAGCGGAUCUGAGAGGGACACCGAGAAAAGGGAGGAUGCGACGCCGAUGGAGGCGGCUGCAGGUGCGGUCGGUUUCAGUAUCUCGCGUCUGGACACGCUGAGCGCGCUGAGACUGAACCGAACCCGUCCGGAUACGGACACGGAUUUCCGGUACCUGCACUUGUUAUGGCAGCCCGGUGAGCCGCUGCAGGCGGGACGGAGCUCGCCGGGCAAGAUCACAGCGAGUUGGGUGAGGCGGAUGGGAAGAGCCCGGAGAAACAUGGGGCCCAUUGGAAAAGACCUGCAUGCUGAGAAGAGGCUCAGAGAAGCUUCAAACAGCACUGAUAUUGACACAGUUCGUAGGUUGCUGGAAGAUGAUAUUGAUCCUUGUGCGGCUGAUGACAAGGGCAGGACGGCCCUACACUUCUCUUCCUGCAAUGGCAAUGAAAGCAUUGUUCAGUUGUUGCUGAGUUAUGGUGCUGACCCAAACCAGAGAGACAGCCUUGGAAACACGCCACUGCAUCUGGCUGCCUGCACCAACCAUGUGCCUGUCAUCACAACCUUACUGCGAGGAGGUGCUCGAGUUGAUGCAUUGGACCGUGCGGGAAGAACCCCUCUGCAUCUUGCCCACUCAAAGCUCAACAUUUUACAAGAGGGUGACUUGCAUAGCCUGGAAACCCUCAGAGGAGAGGUUACACAGAUUAUUCAAAUGCUGCGGGAAUAUCUGAAUAUAAUGGGGCAGAGUGAAGAGAGGGAGAGACUGGAGCACAUCUCAAGCCAACUACAGAACACCCACACCAGAGAACAGGUUGAUGAAGUGACAGACUUGCUUGCCAGUUUCACGUCGCUCAGUAUUCAGAUGCAGAAUAUGGGAAGCCGGUAGAGACAAAUGGAAGAAAAAUGUGCCAUUCUGGAGAACUCUGAGGAAGAUGAGGGUUUUGUUUGGGAAAUAGAAACAAUUAUUUAUGUAUAACAUGCCUGCAUACAUACUCUGUGAUAUAAUUGAAAUCCAUGUUUGUCAAUGAGAAAAUUAAUUGCCUUCACAUUUUAGUUUUGUUCCUGGAAGAAUGCUCAUUCUGUUAUGCCUUUUUAUUGUAGCCUAUUAUGUCAAAGUUUACUGUAAGUACAUUAUUUUUAUUUAUUUUUUGUAAGUGAUCAAAAGAUGGCCUAAUAAAUUACAUAAU